AUGGCGGGCAGGAUCUCAGAAACAAGCGAGUCUCUGAGCCCGCGAAGCUACUAUGCCCAUCUUCGCGAUUCACACGGAGAGUCGCUAGAGUCAAUAUUCAAAGACAUUGACGACGGAACCAACUUUGUGGAGUACAUGCAGCGCUUGCGAAAUCCAGCCACUCGCAAUUUUGUACUCGACUUUGGCAAUGACGAUGCAUUCUGCGCUAUAGAUCUGGAGGCGAUGGACUUCCAGCGAUUACAGGAUUCAGUAAAACCGAACUGUUUUGGGACUAGAUGGAUUCACAUCUGGAAUCCAGAGCAGCAGAAAGACGCCAUCAAGACCAUCACCUCGCACUACGGAGUCUCCGAGAGACUUCAGAGCAUGAUGUACACCGAGCCUUUCCAUGAGAAGGCGUCAUCUCCGGUAAUCCCUGAAAGAAAAAGCCUUUCGCGAAGACCCAAAUAUCUAUCGUCGCAGACGAUAGAAGUGGAACUGGAUGAUGUUGAAAGCAAGCCUGCUUCAGCCAGGACUCACCAGCCAAGCUCUUUUGAAGGAUUGACUUUCGGAGAAGUUACCGAUCAAAUAUGGCAUUUUUCCUCGGUGGACUACGGCCCUCGAUAUACCUGUGUGGGCUACAACACAUUGUUCGUGGCACCCGACGUGAUUGUGGAAAAUGGCCAUGAUCUCCCUGAAGGCACGCGGCUUUGGUCAUGGCUGAUCCUCUGCGAUGAUGGGACCCUGAUUUCUAUUCAGGAGAACCCGACUAGGCAAAUCGAACAAUUGAGCGAAAAGGAACAACAGGCGGUCGUGGGGGUCGCACGGCGCAAUAUUCGGUUCAUCUUCUCCGGCAUUUCGAAACAACACGUUAAUCAUUCGCGUAAAGACUCAUUGGUAACUAUUCGCGUGCGACAGUUUCACGACGUCGGACCGGACCAGGCAAGCAUCAAGCAAGAGGACGGUGCAAGUCUACUCUUCUAUUACCUAUUCGAUGACUGGGUCUCGAGCUUUGGAUUGAUUGCCAAGCGUCAGCAUAAGUACGGAGUAUCGCUUGAAGAGCUUAGGAAAAAAAUGCUCGAUCGACCUAUUGUUGAUCUCGUUGAUGAGCUUCAUUGGCUCGGCAGACGACUAGGCGUGCUCAAACGGCUUUAUCAGAGUUACGAGCUAGUCAUGACACGGCUUUUGCAGCGGCAGAGGCUUAUACGUGAGGAAGCCAAGAUCACCAGGCAUCAAACAUUUUCGAUCGGCAACACGUCCUCCGAGUCUGACUUCGCCGAGCUUCGGCAGGGAAGUAUCGUUGAUGGGAAUCGAUUGCGCUCGUAUGACAGAUCGGUGGGAGUCGCCUUGAGCUCGGCGGCGGUGGCUCGAUUCGAGCGUCUUGUUGAUCGCAUCAAUCUCUACUGCCUGAGCGAGAUCGAGACUUGUCUUUUGGAGAAGGAGUCCUUGACGUUUUUGAACUUCAAUUUGAUUGCACUCAAAGACUCCCAAGCAAUUGAAAAGCUGACUCGAAUCACCAUCCUGCUCGCCAAAGCGACCAUGCUGUUCUUGCCCGUCAGUUUGAUGACCGCUUAUUUCUCCACCGAACUUCAGGGGGUGAAGGGCCAGUACAGUCAAGCCCAGUAUUGGGUUUCCUUUGCUGUGAUCUUCUUACUGACGGUGCUGGUAUUGACCAUCUUUGGCUUUGCCAGUAACACGGUGGAAGGCAAGACGAUCUAUCGGUCAUUGGUCAAGACCUUCUUCCGCCGGUCACGAGACAGAAUCAUCGGGCGUGGAAGACGUCAGGCCGAUGAAGAUCGCUAG